AUGGCAGUGUCCACGUGGCCAGACAUAUCUCACCUCUCCGUCUCAAGGCCGGAACUGGUCAAUGUUCUGAGGCAGAUGGGUCAGCAGGUGAAGUGGCCUCAGAAGAUGAAAGCUCCCGACUCUUUCCGGAACCCUGGCUUCGGGUGCGACUUCCAUCGAGACCACAGUCACAAAACAGAGGACUGCGUCGCACUAAAGAUCGACGUCAACAAGCUGCUUAGGAAAGGGCACCACAGGGAGUUCCUUUCCGAUAAGGCCAAGAGCCAUCUAAGCAAGGAGACAACAGGUAAGCCCACUGAAGCUGCUCCCGUCUCGCCAGCGCGACAGAACCGAGUGAUACAUGUCAUUACGGGCGGUUCAGAAAUUAGCGGCAUAAGCCAUGCAGCUGCAAAGAAAAGCACUUGGAACGCCAAGCACGGCCUAGAGGCAGCCAGGCCAAAACGUCUGCUCCUAGGAACAGACGAGAUAAGCUUCACGGCCAAGGAGCAUGAGAAAGUCCUCACUCCGCAUCACGACGCCCUGGUUAUCUCGCUCACUGUAGCGAACUGCUAG